AUGAAUGGAGUAAAAGUUUGUAAUGGUCUGAAAGAGUUCAGACAAAAUGUUAAUUUGAAAAGCUAUUCAAAUUUAGAGUACAUAGCCACUGCAUUUAGAAAUUCCAUGGCAUACACUGAAACUGUGGAAAAAAUACCGGUUCCACUUUUUGAACAAUUCUGUAAAGCUGCAGUUCUUUAUUCAGAUUUUUAUCACUCUGCUUUGGGUGAUAAUUUUGUAUGCAAUAUGCUUAGAAAUGACAUUAUAAGCAACUCCUGCGACGCUAUAGAGGUUUGGAAAAGAGAAUCACCUGAUGCAAAGUCGGUUGAGGAGUUUUUAAGGUCUCAAAUUAAGAUUCAUACGCUUGAUAAAAUUAGAUCAAAUUCAAAUAGUGCAGUAAUUAAGUUUUUGUGGACUGUUAGAGCUGCAAACUUUAUUCAGCACUUUAUAGAAAAUUUAAUAUCGGCUUCAGCAGAAGACCUUCAUUUUUCUGCUAGGGAUGCUUAUAAUAAAUCUUUGAGACCGUAUCAUGGAUUUAUUAAGAUUGGAAUAGCCAUGAUGGCGUUUAAGCUUAUACCUUCAAGAACAGAUCUAAUUCUCUCUCUAGGUUAUCCAGAUACCAAUUCUGGUCUGGAAGCACUUCGAGAACUUUCAUCUGUUUCUAAGCCUUGUAUUGAGCAAAUAAAUGUUUUACUAGAAAAAUAUGGUUGUAAUUUUCAAAACAAAGUUUAG